AUGCCGGAAGGCAUGCCUUAUAACCCUGGCAUGGAUACAACGCUGCUCAUGGCCCUCUUCUCAGAGUCGAAAAAGUGCGUGGCCGCUGAGCGGCUCGUAAGAAGCUUCAGGGCCGUCGUAUCCCGUCCCACGGGCAAUGGCCCCCAGAGGCUCAUCGACAUGUUGGAGGCGCUGCGUUUAGCCAUGCUCUCUUUUGCCGACCUCUUUCCGCUGAACAUCCGGUCUAUCCAUGGCUACCUCAACCAUCUCGACAUGGUAGUGCCCUCCAUCUCUGCGACGCUCGAUAGGCUCCUCACAAUCAUGAAGUAUUGCCUUUCUCGUCGGUACUUUGACAACGCAGGCUGGGACCACCUCCUUUUUGUCAUGUCUGGCGGCGACCGGCCCGGCGUGGAGCUUUGGGAUCGACUUAAGCUCUAUCACGAUUUCUUCAACGUCUUGUUCUUCGCCAUAAUACGAGCUCCCAGCUUUGAAUGGAAAAGGGCAGAGGACAUCCGCGUUCAAAUCAUGGACUUGAGAGAUGAUGAUGGAAUAAGGCCCCCCAAAAACCUUCAAACCGUCUUUGUGCCCUUCAACCACCUGCCAGCCGCGCGAGUUCGAGCAGAUUCCGCUACCCAACAUUGGGCUAUCAAAAUUAUGGAUCGUCGGCCCAAAACUAUGACAAAAUUUGAAACGCAGUGCUUCUCGGAGAUAAUUGGCGAGGGAUUUCACUGGAAUGAGACGGCUAUUGCGGAGAAAUCCAAUCUAAUAUUCCAAAGGACCUUCCGGAACGACAACGAUAGCUUCAAGAAUGAUGGCAUCUGCUUGACAGUUUUUAUCAACCAUACUGAUAAAUUGCCAUAUCUUCUUUUGAGGACUAUGGAUAAGCACAGUCGAACUCCAUCCUACCAAUGCCGACAGCUAAACGACAUUCGCAUCGAGCGUGACAAGACAACGCUGCAUCUUUGGAGAUGGAGUUUUCGUGAAAACUGCUUCGUUUACCUGGCUGUGCUGCAUUUCGACACGUUUGAAGAGCUUGUUGUCACCCAGUGCGCUCUCCUCGCUCUCAAGGCUCAGACUAGCCUCUUGGCCCGAGCUAUAACCCACGAGGAGUCUCGUUUUCGAGACGACACCAAGAUCUUGAACCAACCUAUGGUCAUUACGGACGGUGGCGUUCUACACAAACUGCACAUCUAUCGGGAUAAUAUGACCGCCACUAAGCGCCUCUAUGCCUGCGUCGCUAAGGGCGAACGACUUCAGGCACAUGCUCCUGCUUGGACGGUUUUCUUCUCCGACCGGAAGACGAAGCCGCGGCUGGAAUGUAUCGGCGACAACACGCUCAUCAUUCACCACGCGGCUGUUUAUACGUUUGGCGAUCGCUACACCACGCCUAGACACGAUAUACGGCACUUCGAAAUCCAUUUCGUGCGCGGCCGUGGUAAGUUUGAACAGCAAAACGCUCCUCAUUUGUCCGUCUUUAGUGCUGACAAGGACGAAAGAUAA